AUGGUCACCUCUACAAAAACCAAUCGGAUGAAUACGCCGAAAAAGGCAGCCGCGGUUUCAAGCUUCAAUAAGAAACCUGCCAAGCCCAACGCCAGCAUCCUAAGCUUCUUCCAGAAGACGGCGAAAACAGAAGAUUCGCUUUUUGUUGGCGCGGUACCUGCGGAAUCGGCCGACAAGGAUGACUUAUAUGGUCGUGACGAUGGAAAUCGAUUCAAUGAGGUUGAAGCUCCGAAUAAGAAGAGAAGGGUCGGCAAAGAUUCUGUCCAACCAAUGGCGGAGAAGAAAGCGGCGGACGCAUUAGAAGCGUCUUCUCAUGAUAGCACAAUAAAGCCGAUAAACCCUGAAAACGGAGACGAGCCAAAGAAACCUAGACCUCGGAUCAAGACGCCCUUUGUCAUGGAUUCUGACAGUGAAGAUGACGAUGUUGAUGACAACGACCACAACGACAACAACAAUUCCAAGCCUCAAGAAACCUCGACCGAUAUUCAAUUUAACCAACUGGGGGACUUCGCUGACUUGGACGAUUUCGAAAUAGACGAGUUUGAAGGGGAAGAGAUGCGGGAAAUGCGCUUCAUGCGAGAGCAGGCCCGGCUUGAAGCCCAAGAGGCCGGGGUUCCUGGCGACGACCUCGACGAUCUUUUGGAUAACCAUGCCAUGGUAGGAAACUGCCCACUUUGUGGAGGCAGCUUGCUCGGCAUAUCUCCAGACGAAGCUACACGACAUGUCAAUUCAUGCCUCGAUGGCAAUCCCAUUCCGCUGCCUACGAAAGAAGACGCCGCGCCAAAGGAUGUUGCUCGGGUAGAGGCCAUGGAAAUUAGCAAAAGAUUUGCUCGAGCUGCCGUCCCCAGACCUGGCCAGGCAAAUCCUUUUGAGAUCAAUACUGAGAAAACGACCAAGAGUGCUUUUUCUAAGCUUAUGUCUGGAAAUGCGGAAGAUUCAGCUUGGGCUACGGCGGCGGCGGCAGAAACUGCGUCUCGGGGCCGGCCUGCAUACGAACGGACAUGUCCAUUUUAUAAAAUCAUGCCGGGAUUCUCAAUAUGCGUCGACGCAUUCCGCUAUGGCGCUGUUGAAGGAUGUCAGGCCUACUUCUUGAGCCACUUUCACAGCGACCAUUACAUCGGCCUUACCGCAAACUGGCGACACGGCCCAAUCUAUUGCAGCAAGGUAACCGGCAGCUUGGUCAAACAACAGCUCCGAACUGCGGCCAAAUGGGUUGUUGAACUGGAAUUUGAGAAACCCUACGACGUUCCCGGGACUGAGGGCGCAACCGUUACCAUGAUGCCUGCCAAUCAUUGUCCUGGGAGCUCUCUAUUUCUCUUCCAAAAAUCGUUUGGCAAUGGGCCAAACAAGCGAGCAAAGAGAAUAUUGCAUUGCGGCGAUUUUCGGGCUUGCCCAGAGCACGUACAGCAUCCCUUACUCAGACCCGAUGUAAUAGAUUCAAUAUCGGGUAAAUCAAGACAGCAGCGGAUUGACAUUUGCUAUCUUGACACGACGUAUUUAAAUCCACGAUACUCUUUCCCUCCUCAGGGGGAUGUCAUCCAAGCCUGUGCAGACCUGUGCGGAUCCAUGUCGGCUGAUCCCAACUGCGCUGAUGAUGUCUGGCAGAGGUCUGAGAAGUCUGCCGAGACAGGGACCAUGAGCAAAUACUUUCAAAGCGACAAACAUUCGGAAGAUGGUGCCAAAUCAAAGGCAAAGUCCAGGCCUAAACAGCGCCUUCUGGUCAUAUGCGGUACUUAUUCCAUCGGCAAGGAGAGAAUUUGCGUAGCCAUAGCCAAAGCCCUUGGCUCCAAGAUUUUUGCAUCCCCGGGGAAAAUAAAGAUAUGCAAGCAGCUCGACGAUCCAGAAUUGACCUCGCUGCUGACGUCUGAUCCCGUCGAAGCCCAAGUCCAUAUGCAAAUGCUCAUGGAGAUUCGCGCAGAAACGCUGCAAGAGUAUCUGGACAGCUACAGGCCGCAUUUCAGCCGCAUUGUUGGCUUCCGUCCCAGCGGCUGGAACUUUCGGCCUGGAAACGGCAAGGCUAUCGGGGCCAAUACACCGCCAAGUAGCAUAUCGACCCAGCAGCUUCUUCAUGGGAAAGGGUGGAGGACAAGAUUCGGAGUGAAGGACCUUGUGGCUCAGAGGGGUAGCACGAAGGAGGCCAUGUGUUUUGGCGUUCCUUAUUCCGAGCAUAGCAGUUUUCGGGAGCUGGCCAUGUUUGUCAUGAGUUUACGCAUCGAUAAAGUUAUACCUACUGUCAACGUUGGCAGCGAUCAGUCGAGAAAGAGGAUGAAGGGUUGGAUAGAUAGAUGGAUGACUGAGAGGAGAAAGGGAGGGUUGGUGAGACCGUUGAUUGAGGGAGAAGAUGACGAGCAUAAAAACGUCUCCCAGCUGUGGCAAGGCAAAGCUGGCGAAGGAGGUGGAGCCUGGUGGUAG